AUGCCUCUACGAAACAUGCCUCCCUUGGGGCUCACUCUGUCACAUGCAGACCAACACAAGAAGGAUGGCGACACAUCCCCACAGAUCAUACGCCUUGACCUGCUGCAAUCCAAAACCAGAGACAUAAUACAACAGCUUGAAAAGGGACAGAAAGUCGUGCUGCAGACUGGGAAGCAGGCUGCUAUUCAUUAUGGAGGAGAGAAGCUGCCACUCGAUGCAACCUCGGAAGUAUUCCCUGCAGAGAUAUACACACGGUCGACAAAUAACGAUGGCGGUCUGCAGUUCUCAGGCAGACUGAGCCUGCAUCUCGAAAUGCAGAAGGCUCGAGAAGUUGCCGCGAGAGCGGACGCUGCAUUGGCAAACCUGCAGAGCACGUUGACUUCAAUGAAGGAAGAGCAGAUGAACAACGGCACGACCAUGGUUGGAACGACCAAGGCUGGUAAGAGCGGCGUACUCAAACCAAUGCAGUCGCGACGAGACUUACUGAGUGCUGGCUCUUCGCGACCCUCAAGCCCUUUUCUAGGAUCCGCCUUUUCCCCAGCAGCUGGUCCAACUUCAAAUCCGCUACUGGGUGGCGGCAGCAAUCUGAAGGACAAGAUACGCUUCGAGGCAAUGAAGGUAGCCGUCAUCCAUCUCCUUGCCGUUCGGCCUAUGAACGUGCAGUCCAUCGUGGAGAAGAUACAUGCUCCGAGGGACGAGUGUGAGCGAGCAUUGGACAAAAUCACACGUGACGCCCCAUCUGCACCGGGAAAGAAGGAGCUCAAGGAUAGGAGUUAUCGUGAUUUAGAUGUGUGGAAGUUUCGCUACCCCAAUCAGGAGGACCGCCAGGCUGCGAUCGAGCGUGCUAUUCAAGCCUUUGACAGGAUGCGCAUCGAGAAGACCGACAACCUAUGGCAGAUUUUGCUGAAGCCAGAGGAUAGAGGCAAAGGCAAGACAUUGUCACGUCUCAAUUUCGACAAGCCAGCACCGGCGCCAAAGCCAGCAUCCGUCAAUAGCAAGGGCAACGCUUCCGAUACUGAGGCAAACAGGUCGCCGCUCAAGAAACCCGCGUCCCAACAGAAACUAGGUGACAAGAAGAGCAUCAGAGAGCCUGCCGCGAAAUCCCGAGGACCUAGCCCUGGACCAGCAAAGAGAAAAGAGGUGCCAAUCAAGGGUCAGUCUAUCAAUGAUGGUAAAUUCAAGUCUGCGGAACGUAUUGAGGACUCGGAUGAAGAACUCUCAACUAUUGAGGUAGCCACCAAGCGACCACUCAAGAGGAAAGAGAAGGAUCAACCACCACUUAUCACCAAGCCUCGGGACCGAGUCCAGCCUCCGGACCAGAAGCAACCUUUGCACAAACCCAGCAUAUCCAGCUCAUCCUCAGCCAGCGACAACAGCGAUUUCUCACGAUCGAAGCCAUCAUUGAAGCCCCCAUCUCGUGAGGACAAUCCAGCCAACAGCUCCAAGAAGUCACCACGGGCUCGUCACGGAAGUUCUCCACAGAAACCUUCCCCACUUGGAUCAUCUCCUCCAGCUAACUCGAACGACUUCGACUCGAGCUCAACAACUACAAAAGGUACCAGCCAAUCUUCUGCGCCUUCAUCACCUCCGUCCGGAAACGAAAUGCCCGUGCCCAAACAAAAACAGAAGUACUCUCCCAUUGUGAGAGAUACGGCGAGGGACCAUUCACAGAAUAGAAGCUCAAUCAAGCGGAAGCAAGAGGAAAGUGAUGAUAUCCCUCCAGCUAAACGCCCACAACUCAACGGAGCUCACAGCAAAUCCAUCAACGGUACGACAAAGCCACUCGAACGACCUGCUCUCUCCAGGAAGAUCUCAGAGUCCGAACGCUCUUCAUCACCGGAGAAACCUGCUCAUGCCCGAGACGAGGUACUUGACAAGGCUAAGCGAUUCCAGCUCUAUUACAAGAAAUACAAAAAUCUACAUGACAAAGUCGCACGUAUACCUGAUAAAGAUCGGGACGACAAGGAUAUGGACAAUCUCUGGGAAAUGCACAGACGGCUAAAGGACAUGAAAACCGAAAUAUGGAACAACUGGGAUAGGAUCGAAAAGGUGGCGCCCGGAUGA